CGUCUGAAUGUCUACUAUCGCUCAACUCGCACAAUCACUAUGGAACCUCGCAUACAAUCUGCUCACGGACCCUCGUUACUUCGGCACCCUCGCAACACUCGUAAUCGUCGGUGACGCUGUCCUGACACAACUCAUCGUACGCUUCGUACCAUACACGGAGAUUGACUGGGAGACUUACAUGUACCAGUUGGAGCUGUACAUGAAGGGGGAACGAGACUAUGCUCUCAUUACAGGACCAACUGGGCCCAUAGUAUAUCCAGCAGGGCAUGUGUAUGUCCACCACAUGCUGUACUCUUUGACGGACGCCGGGCAGAACCUCUGGAAGGGCCAGCAAAUCUAUGGAGGACUCUACCUCAUAACCCUGGCUCUCACGGCAGCCAUAUACAAGCAAGCUGGCGGUGUGCCGAACUGGAUUCUGCUCCUGCUUCCUCUCAGCAAGCGACUGCACUCCAUCUAUGUGCUACGUCUCUUCAACGAUUGUUGGGCUGUUGUCGGUGCCCAAGCUGCAAUCCUUGCUUUCGCGCGUGGCUGGGAUGCACUCGGCAUCCUUCUUCUCGGUGCUGGAUUGUCAGUCAAGAUGUCAGUUCUACUCUACGUGCCCGGCCUGCUCGUCAUCCUAUUCAAGCGCCGCGGUCUCGUCUCUACUCUUCUUCACGUACUUGCACUCGGGGCAACUCAGGUACUCGCCGGCUUGCCGUUCCUCCUUUAUCAUCCCCGGUCAUACCUCAAAUACUCGUAUGAGCUUGGGAGGGUCUUCCUCUUCAAGUGGACCGUGAACUGGCGUUUCCUCGGCGAGGACCUCUUCCUCAACUCGACAUGGGCCGAGGCUCUCCUCGUUGCCCAUGUCACCACCUUGGCUCUGUUUGGGCUAUUUCGUUGGUGCAGGCGUGAUGGUGGUGUGAUGGCGGUCCUCAGGAGAGGGUUCGAGCAACCUCUGCGAGCUCCCGCAGUGGCGCCCUUGACAGCGGACUACGUUACUACGGUUCUGUACACCUCAAAUCUCAUUGGCAUUCUGUUCGCGCGGUCGCUCCACUAUCAGUUUUACUCCUGGUAUGCGGUGCAACUCCCAUUCCUUGCCUGGAGGACGAAGUAUCCGGUCGUCGUACGGCUUGCGCUUUUACUAGGGAUCGAGUACGCGUGGAAUGUAUUCCCGUCGACCAACCUUUCAUCCGGAACCCUGGUUGCCGCCAACGCGGCGUUGCUGUUGGGCAUUUGGUUCGGAUACCCCGAGGGCAAGUCUGCGUCCCAUCCUGCAGCAAAAGGGGAGUAGAUAUCCAUGUCCGAGCAAUAUACUGUACAAUACACUACAUGUUCUAUCUCGAUACUUGCUGGACUCGAGCAGACUCUACAGAGGGUUUCCAAACGAUGCUAUGUCAUCAUACUUGGGAGGCGACCUCAUACUCUAGCCCUCCAUCGUCUCCACAGUACGAAGGACACAAUGCAGGCAACGAUGGCCGUCCCCACGCUGAUCCAGAACGUCGACUGCCAGCACUGGACGCCUUUGCACGCCGUCUCGCCGGGCGGGACGUGGCGGGCGGCGAUGAACGCAUACAGGUACGAGAAUACUGUGGUGCCGAUGAACGCGGCAUAAGAGAUGUAGCCGAAGUUGCGGCCCAGGUUGUUGAGGCCCCAGAUCGACGACAGGAUUCCAGGUAGGAGCGUGAACGUCGAGCCGUAGGCGAUCCCUGUUCCGACGCUGAGUGACCAUACGUCCUCCUGCGCCCUGACCCCCAGCUCGAGCCACGCAAACGUUAGCGCAAGCAACAGCGACGUUGCGAUCAUGAACGCGACCCUGCUGGUGUGCCGCUUGCGGGAGAACGCCCAGACGCCGUCGAGGUGCGCAGCCACCGGCGCAAGGGCGUCGGCGAGCGGACCAAUGAGCAGUCGCGAGAUGGUGUUGAAGAAGGAGAGGAGGCGGACUUGGCUGGACACGUUGGCCGUCGCGUUCCCUGCCGAUGUGCUGGGGGGCAAGGAGAGGACGAUAGAGCCCAGGUUCGAGAUGACCAUCUCAGCGGAGCCAACUAUAAUCGUUAUCCAGGAGGCGAAGACCCAGAACCACGGAUCUUUGAACAGGUCGAGGCUACUGCCUUCUUGGGGUUCCUUCACGGGUACGACGCGGACAUUGACAGGGUCCUUUGGGGCAUCGUCCGAUUCCUCCGCCGCAUUCGCGAGAAGAGGUUCCGCCUCUUGCCCGUUAGCUGCAGAUUCUGUGUCUAAGUUCGCCGACCUUGCCUCCUCAAUUGUGCUAUAGAACCGCUGGUUGGCGCGGAAGAUCGCAGCAGUGACCAGGUGUAUGGAGCCUGUCACGAUAGCCAGGAAAGUGAAAUAGCUGGACACAUCAAGAAUCUGGCCAGGCACGGUGAACAGCUUAGAGGCGACGAGAGACAAGAAUAGCGGCGAGAGUCCGAAUAUAGACAUGCUCGUCCCGGAGGCGAUGCCAAUGUACUGCGGGAACGACUUGGUCGCAGCAAACAACAAGGAGAAGUAUGAGGAUACAGUAGCAAGACCGAUCAUCCCGAAGUAGAGGACAAGCCUAUGGAACGUGCCAUCGGACGCAGACGUUACAUCUGCGGGUGCUUGAGCUACUUCCCUCGCAAACAAUCCGAACCCAACAGAGUACAGCAUGGAUGCGGCAAACGAGCAUGACCAUGCGCCAUAACGAUCAAUUGCUAUUCCUGCGAUUGCCGCGAAUGGAUAUUGCCCAGCCAUGCCCGCUAAGGCAAUGGUCGUCAAGUGAGGCUGUGUAAGCUUAAGAUGUUCCACUAGGGUCGGUGCAAUGAGCGGGAAGCUGUAGACGCCUCCGCCACAUAACGCGUUGGCAGCGACCGCGCAACAAAUCAGAACUGAGCGUAUGAUGUCGCCAUAGCCUGUACCGACGCGCAUCUCUGUACGCAGGUCACGUAGGCUGUCCUCGGGGUACCGAUAUCACUCAGAGGGAGUCGAACCGACUGCAGGUGUCUGCAGAGUGGAAGGAUGGCGGACUCGUGUAGCUAAGACUUGCGUAUGGUGGAAUUUCCUGUUGUA